AAUGUGAAUCCCUGCAGUCACGAAAGCUUUAAAUCACAACUAAACAUGUUGCCUUAUCAAUACUUUCGUUCGUCGACUGCUUGUUUAAUAUUGCAACUGACUUUCCCAUUGCUCGGAUGACGUGCGUGCUUGUCCACUCAUGAUCACGUGUUUUCAACAGUCUCCACCUCAUAUCAUUUCCUUAUCUCCCCUAACACCCCAACGCAUUGGCCUCUACCAACCAUUAUCCACAGGGCUUCCCUUGCUUGGCUUGCCUGCCUUUAUCGGUCCCUCACUCCCUCACUCCCUCCCUCCUAGCCCGUGUCCCCUAAUCGCCAGAACUUCCACCAAGCACCCCGGCCGGCACCCAACGUCAACCCAAGUGGACGGGACCAAACCGCACUUCCCGCCCCAAACCACACCCAAGCUGCAUCCAGAUUCCCGGGACAUUCUCACAUUAGCGAGCCCACCGCGGUACAACGCCACAGCCCCGACGGUGCGGGGAAGGAAAACUACCCAGCCCAUAACGGUCACACACCACCCCCACACACCCCCCCAGCUGCCAGCAAUACGGCAUUCGUGGCACACACGCGUGCACGCACACGCAGUACAACAACUGCGUGCUCGGAAGGACACUCCCAGUGAUUAAUCAGUUAGUUGCUAUGUAGCUGGGUGUGUGUGUGUGUGUUUUCCUCCGCGAGUAGUUUUGUUUUAACAUCGUACAUUGUGGCGAGCCUCCCGCCAACCCCCCCCCCCCCCCCACACACACACACGCGGUGGACUUCUCGAGCUGUCGGGGAUCUCCCCCUGGUCCAGCUCCCCAAGAUGCCGUCCCUUUCCUUGCGGCUGCCCAAACUGUGGGGUCGGAAGAGACGCACGGCGGAGAUUGUGUGCAUGUCGUGCGUGGCGCAGCCGGAGAGCCCGAAGGCAGCCGCGAAUCGACCAAACAGCGCUGUGUCAGUGGCCAGCAGCACCUCUUAUGAGCUGGACAGCAAAGUGGAAGGGGGCGCGCGUGGGCUGGAGGCCUCGCCGGGCCACGGGUUGGACCUCACGUACGUGGCCGACCGCAUCGUCGCCACGUGCGUGCCGGCCGAGGCGUCGGAGGGUGCGUCCCAGCGGGGCCUGCAAGAGAUGGCUCACCACCUCGCCUCCAAGCACGGGGGGAACUACCUGGUUAUUAACUUUUCUGGACCAAAGGAAGAGCUCACCAAGCUUCACCCUCAGGUGCUGGAGUUCUGCUGGCCUGGCUUGCACGCUCCCCAGCUGGACACCCUUUGCCGCGUCUGCAAGGCCAUGGAGUCCUGGCUCGCCGCUCACCCAAGCCACGUCGUGGUGCUGCACUGCCAGGGCAACAGAAGUAGCGUGGGAACCGUGAUCGCCGCCUAUUUCCACUACAGUGACGUCUGCACGCGCUCCGAACAUUCGCUCGGCAGAUUCCCCACCAAGACGCUCUGUGGUGACCGGUUUUCUGCUGCCAUCCAGCCCUCGCAGAGACGGUAUGUGUACUACUUCAGUGGGCUUCUGUCACGCUCCAUCAGCCUCAACACUUGCCCACUUUUUCUGCAUCAAGUGGUGCUACACGGCCUGCCUAGGGGAGGCUCUGGAGGCCGACUGUUUCUAAGGGUCUACCAAGGAUUACAGCUCAUGUACACAUCCUCUGUGUAUUCUGUGCCCGCGAACGGAACCGCUCAGAGCCUCAGCGUGAACGUGAAGCCGGCUUUGAUGCUGAAGGGUGACGUGCUGGUGAAAUGCUACCGGGAGGCUCCGGCGAGCGGGCCCCCACCGAGCUGUGGGCGGGAGGCGAUUCUGCGGCUGCAGCUGCACACGGCCGCGAUGCGUCCUUGCGACACGUCCCUGCUGCUGCGCAAGCAGGACCUCGACCUCGCCUGCUCCGACCCCAGGUAUCCGGACGAUGGAAAAGUUCAGUUGAUUUUCUCAGCCACCCCAGACAGGAUGGCAGGGGCCGAGAACCUCCUGAAAGAUGGUGCGGUGGCUGUGGAUCACAGUGCCACAGACCCAAUCCUGCGCUGGGAUUCCUAUGGCCACCUGCACACGUCCUGGGACACCUUUGCAUCAGCGGAGAAAGCGAGGCCGGCGGGCGCCGAGGCCAAGCAGCCGGGCCGCCGAGCGGCUGACGGCGGCGGCGGUGCCGCAGCAGCGGCCCACACGGAGCACACGCUGUCCGUGAGCAGCGACUCGGGCCGAUCCACCGCGUCCAUGCGCACGUCCGACGACGCUCGGCCACCCGCCAGCCCGCUCGGAAUCCAAUGCCAGGCAACCACGGCCUAUUCGUUCCCGUCGCCCCUUUCGCCUGUACCAUCGUGGGCUCCCUCCCCAAACGACACGCACGCGGGCCCCACCGCUCUCAGCCCUGGGGAGCAAGACCAGCUGCGGCAACUGUUGCACGGUUUCGGCUGCGCCGGAGGCAGCGGGUUGUCGGCUUCAACCACCGCACACCGGCACUCCUCACGUGCACCCGCGGGUGACCGGCACUCCGACCCACAUCAUCAGCAGCACAGCCCGCAUAGGGUGCACUUUGGCGACACGCCCAGCAUGAUGCCGGUCCGAGAGACUGACAUCCUGGACGAUGAUGUAGAUGAUGAUGAGGAUGAUGUCAACGAUGAAGACGAUGUUGUUGACAUUCAAGAUGAUGAUGAUAUCGACGAGCCGCCUUCGACGCGUGCCAUGGAAAUCCUGGAGCGUGGCGCGCUUACGUUCUGUCCUGGCGCCAACCGACGUCGCCACUUGGGGAAGGGCGACCUGCGGCUGAAUUUGGGGUCCGGGGACGCUCGCCCACAGGAGAACGGUAUCGGCAGCCGCAGCCCUUACGCGCGAGCAGCUCGAGCAACGUCGCCAAACGUGAAAUACGGGCAGCCGACUCACGCAGCCGCCCCAUGCGACGUUACUCGGUUGGCUCCAGGGGUGACCGCUAUUCGUUCACCGAGCUCUGAUCUCUACGCCAUGGUGCAGCGGAGGGGGGCAUCACAACGAAGCCUGGAGCCUGGCAGCAGUGGGCUGCAGCAUCAGCAGCAGCAUCAUCAUGAGAAGCGGCAACAGCAGCAGGAGGUCCCACGUUGUGUGCGAUUUGGGGCAGAUGUCCCCAUGGUGCCCGCUGUGCCGGUGCGAGGAGACAGCAGCCGUCAGGCUGUGCAGGGUCACAGGCAGGUGAAGGCCUGGUCACCACCACCACCACCACUACCCCCAGCGGAGCCAAACCGCACGACAUCCGAGACAGUGACACUGCUGGGAGACACGGCCAAGUUCACGUCCUUGAGGGCAGGUGACGGGCGCGACACCCCGCCUAGCCCGAGUGAGCUCGACCAGUCCUUGGAGGCCCUAAACCUCCUCAUCAUGGACCUUGACCCCACCUUCACUCCCGUCUCCAGCCUCCACCGGGUGCCGAGUGGGCACCAACCGUCACUUCCGGGGAUUCUCGGUGCUGGCCAGUGCACGGGCGCGACCGACGAGAGGAGACUUCUGCAGCUCGGGAGCAGCAGCAGCAGCGGCGGCAGCAGCAGCAGCAGCGAGGGAACCGCCGACAACGGCGGUCGCCGCCCCGCGCCGUCGCGGCCCUGGGAGCUGGCUCAGCAGCCGGCGGCGCCGGGCAUGGAGCCGUUCGGUCCGAACAACGGUGUGGACGUCGCCCAGCCCGACAGCUCGCCCGAAGAGCAAGGCAGCUACGUGGAGAUGGUCCCGUGGACAUCCGAUGCCUUCAGCGCGCGCUCUGCAUCUCCCACCGCACGCUACUGUGCCGAAGAAGCAAAGCCUUUGGCCCCGCACAGUGCUCCCAGCACCUUGACAAAAGCGAGCGACAUCACGGAGCAACCGGGAGGCAUCUCCACGCAGGCUUCCGUCACCAGCUCCUACAUGUCCAUGGUUGGUUACCCGACCAACACGUGGGCCCGCCACGGCGAGCAGCACGAGGAAGGCAGCCUCACGCAGGCCCUGCCCGUGGGGCCCUCCAGCGCGCUCCUCGUGAGCUCCCAUCGCCUGCCUGCCAGCGGCAGCAACCACGGCGGUGCGGGGCGAGGGACCUUGCCCACCUAUGCCUCCGCGUUCCCGAAGUCGGAGAAAGAGGGCCCCUCGCACCUCUUCCCGUCCACCUCGUCCUCCUCGUCCGGCUCCCGCAACGAGUCGAGGGUCGUGCCGGAAGGAGCGCGGUCUUGGCACGCGUCCGUAUUCGGCUACCCACCAGAGGGAGCGGAACGGUCGACGGCGACUCAAGGCGCCGGGAGCUUCUCCCUGCCCGCCUCCAAGCACCUUAACGGACACCUUCCCGCCUCUCCGGCGACUUUUCACGGUUUUUCGCACGCUCACCAUGGAACUCCCGGAGCCACCGGUGCGGGGCAGAGCGACGCGCGGCAGGAGCGCCUUGGCAGCGAGACGUCGCUGAGCUUCGCAGCCCCACCGAACGGUGCGCCGGGCGGUCUGCACUGCAACGGAGGGGUCGGCCGCAAGAGCGGCACCAGCAGCCGGUCGAGCUACAAAGGCGCAUGGUUCGACAGCCUGCCCAUGCACUUUUCCGUCGACGGCGAAGGGGGCUACACCUCCUACUCGCACGCCAAACCCGAGCACACGCUCGCGCGCGGAUUUGACGGCGCGCCGUCAGACGCGUACCGGGGCACGCGCUCCACCGCGGCAGACGUUCGCGGCCCCGUCCUGCCGAGCGGGGCUGCUCAAAGGCCGCUCGCGGCCACGGCCGCCGCCACGGCCGCCGGCGGAGCCGUGCCUCGGAGUGCCCGGGACGGCUCCUUGAUCGCGGCGCCUUCGCUCGCGACCUCGCGGGCGUCGCUGCCGGUCGGCGCCGCCCCGGUCUCGUGGUCUCUCCGCCGGAACAAACCGGCGGCGCUCCCGCAGCCGCCGCCGCCGCCGCGGGCGUCGUGGGAGGAGCGUCAGCGGCUGCGCGGCUCUGCGAGCGAGCGCCGCUCGCCGCCGCACAGCGAGCUGUCGAGCCCCGGAGGGACGAGCACGUCGAGCGUGACGUUCGUGCAGCACGCCCCGCCCGCGACGCGGGGCCACGCCCCGCCCGCGACGCGGGGCCACGCCCCGCCCGCGACGCGGGGCCCCGCGGCGCCCGUGCACGUCGCAGCCUCCGGUUGGCCAGAUGGAAACAACCCGGGCUCAGACAGGAUCCCUCACUUCACCCGCAGCAACAUCAGUUUUGUGCAGGACACAUCCAAGUUCUGGUACAAACCUGGCAUCACACGGGAGCAAGGAUUUGUCGCACACAAGAGGCCUUGGCCAGUUGGGAACUUGCUGAGCAGGGCCCAGUCAUGGCGCUGA